UUUCUUAGGCCUGCCGCCACGUGCGGACGUAUUCUAGCAUUGCGCGUAUUGUAUCGGAAGUAAAAUUAAUUAAAAUGACUGACGUUGAUUCUCGAAAAAAAAAGAAGAAAAUCAAGCAAGAGCCACUCGAUGGUGAAGAUAUUGGCACUCUGCAGAAACAGAACCAAUUUCAAAUAAAACCAUCGUCGAAAAUAGCCGAGUUGGACACUUCCCAAUGGCCUCUACUGCUCAAAAACUUUGAUAAGUUGAACAUACGCUCGAAUCACUAUACUCCACUAGCACAUGGCUCUUCGCCGCUUAAUCGUGAUAUCAAAGAGUAUAUCAAAACCGGCUUCAUUAAUCUCGAUAAGCCUUCAAAUCCCAGUUCGCACGAGGUAGUCGCAUGGAUUAAGAAAAUAUUGAAAGUGGAGAAAACCGGACACUCUGGUACAUUGGAUCCGAAGGUUACAGGCUGCCUGAUUGUCUGCAUUGACCGCGCCACACGUCUGGUCAAGUCGCAACAAAGUGCCGGCAAAGAGUAUGUUGCUAUUUUUAAACUUCACGGUCCCGUUGAGUCGGUGGCCAAAGUACGUCAGGGCUUGGAGAAAUUGCGUGGUGCGCUUUUCCAGCGUCCGCCCCUCAUCUCUGCUGUGAAGCGUCAACUACGUGUACGAACAGUCUACGACAGCAAAUUGCUGGACUACGACGAAACACGUAAUAUGGGUGUUUUUUGGGUUAGCUGCGAAGCCGGUUCCUACAUACGUACCAUGUGCGUCCAUCUGGGUCUAGUUCUUGGUGUAGGUGGCCAGAUGUUGGAGCUGCGUCGUGUUCGCUCCGGCAUACAGUCCGAGCGGGAUGGCAUGGUCACAAUGCAUGACGUACUCGAUGCUAUGUGGCUAUACGAGAAUCACAAAGACGAGUCUAUGCUGCGUCGCGUGAUCAAGCCAUUGGAGGGCUUGCUAAUUAACCACAAACGCAUAAUUAUGAAGGACAGUUCGGUUAAUGCUGUGUGCUAUGGUGCCAAAAUUAUGUUGCCUGGCGUCCUGCGCUAUGAGGAUGGCAUUGAAAUAGAACAAGAGAUCGUCAUCUGCACCACAAAGGGCGAGGCAAUUUGCCUGGCCAUUGCAAUGAUGACCACAGCAACAAUGUCCUCAUGCGACCAUGGGGUCGUUGCAAAGAUCAAGCGUGUGAUCAUGGAGCGUGACACAUAUCCGCGCAAGUGGGGACUGGGACCUAAGGCUUCGGCCAAGAAGGCACUCAUUGCUGCCGGCAAACUGGAUAAGUUCGGCAGGCCCAAUGAAAACACACCAAAAGAGUGGCUAACAGGCUUUGUAGACUACAAUGCCAAGAAGCCAGCUGCUGCUGUCGCCCCGCAAUCUCCAAUGCCUUCAAAUGGCUCCAAUGAGAUCAGCAAGCGCAAACACAGCACAUCAAGUGCAGAGGAAGCGGGAGUUGACGCCCCGCCCGCUACUACAGAAAAGAAGAAGAAAAAGAAGCAUAAGGGAGAUGAGGCGCCGGCUGCGGAAGGGUCCGCUGCUGAAGUACCUGUUGAGAAAGAGAAAAAGAAAAAGAAGAAGAAGGAUAAGGAUAGAGACAGAAAAGAGGAUCAGGAAUAGGAUAGAAUAAUUUCUAUUAAUCUAGGCAUUAGGCAUUAAUCCUCACCAUUUCGAGAGCAUUUUCAUAGCUGUUAAGGUUAAAGUUUUAGACCGCCUAUUGUUCAUGUGAGCUGUACAAAUGCAAAGUUUCAAUGCAUUAAUAA